AGUAUGGAUGAUCGGUGAGUAUGGGCUUCUAUCGUGCCUCAAGAAACACCCGUAGUAUCAAAACAGAAUUGACCAAAAUCUAUAGGCAUAUACUGUAUUGGCUAACCAAAAGCCAUGGCUGAAGCAGUACGCCCAAAGAGCAAGAAAAAAGGGAAACCUAAGAUAAAGGAGAUAUUGGUUGAACAUGCUGAGCCCUUCUCAGAAAUAGUAAAUACUGAAAACCAGCCAAGCUGUUCAGUGACUAAGAGUGGCAUUACAAAUGAACAAGUAACCAUUUUGCCAAGCAUAGAAGAUGAAAUCCAACAGGAUACAUCAAUCACAACAGAAAGUCAUAAAAACAUCACAGCUAAAUCUAUCCCAAACCACUUAGUUGAAGAUGAAGUGAAGUUAUCUGAAAAUGGACCUGAACUUGUGUUUGCUAAACAAGAAAAUGGAGUGGUGUUGUCACAAGAAGGUUCUAAAUUGCAAGAAGCUCCCAUGUGUGAAAAUUCUAUUCGUGAACAAUUGAGGGAAUUUUCAAUUGAACCACAAAAAAUUAAGCCAGAAAUUCCCUCUGCACCAGCUCCUAGCAUGUUGGGUGGUACCUUGGAAUUCAACUUUGAACUACCUAUUGAAGAAAAGGCAGCAAACAUUGUAUUUCCACAGUCAUUUGAAAACAGUAUCAAUCAAGCUGUUUCCAAGCAACAAGAAUUCAUUAAUUUAAAGCCAUUUGCUGCAGAGCAGCUGGUUUCCUUUUAUGAAAACCGUUUAUUAUUGGGCGAAUUGGCUGUGGUAGAAAGUUUUCUUGACUGUCGAAAAAAUUUAGAAACGCAUCCCUUAUAUGAAAGCCUAACAUACUUUUUGCGCUCUCGCCUUAUGUUAAAAAGCAAUUUAGAAGAACUUGAGCAAUUUAAUCGAGAUGUUGAAGCUUUGACAUCUCAGCUGUGGACAUCAGAAACCAGAAGAAUGACUGAAUAUGGCGAUUGCGCCGACAGCAAGCGAGUCAAGGCGCACUACGAUUUUCCUGUGGCCCAUCUCAAUGAGAAGUCCUCCCUUCAGCUCAUACGGCAGUUACAGCAACAACGUGAAAAAAUUCAAGAAAAGUUAGUUUUAAGUGUCUACGAAUCUCAUUUAUGGAGGCUACGAGUUGAUUGGUUAAUUUGCCAGAGCAGCCAACACAGUGAACAUGGUUCCAUUUCGGUUCUUUUUGCCUUUCUGCGACGACCAGUCAAAGAUAAAAUGUUCGUCGAUCACCUGAAAUCCUGGUUAAAUUACGUUGCCGUUUCUUUAUUGAAACGAGCUAGAAAAGAAGACUAUAUUUUCCUUGCUCAUCACGCCGUGCGCUGCCCAACUGGAUUGGCUCGAUGGGGAAGUCCGUACGUGCAAGCACCUUUUUAUGAUCCGUUCGAAGACCGACAUGGCACAAACAUUCAUCACGUCGAUGUCGUAUUAGCCUUACUGUCCAUCCUGUGUCAGCCGGUUCGAAGCCGCCAAGAAUUUCUUCAAAGCUGGGUUGAUCCCGACCAGGACAGCCAUUGGGUAUGGCUGGAUUCAGAGGGUGAAGAUGAAUGCAGUGGUAAUGAAACGUCUGUGAUGAACUUGACAGAUGAUGACCUGUUGUCAUUACUUAAUCAAAUUCCAUUGGCCAAUGUUUUCCGUUUUGCCUUUCGGCUACGACAACAAGAUGAAAUGGACGUCUCUACCGGUUUACUUGAAGCUAGCGAAUGGCUCCGCGCGUUCGCCAUUUGCCGCCAUCUGCUGAAAAUGUUCGACUCCGGAAUGAAAACCUAUCAAGGAAAACGCUACAAGAAUCUUGCAAAAAAAUUUGGGCAACUGAUUUUACAUACUGUUUGCAAUCUAUCAGACAUUUGGCAAGAGCAAAAAGCGUUUGUGACGUCUAUGGGAGAACGAUUAUUGAGGGAAUACGAACAUUUAUUUCUAGAAGGAAUAUCCUUAUUGAUCCGAACAAGGCAGCAACGAUCGUGGCAGCUUCUAAGUCGAAUUCCGCUAAGUGGACUGACUCCGAGACUAAGAUUCGAGUUCUGGUUGCGAUGGCACUCUGAGAUUAUUGGCGAGCCUAUUGAGAUUGAUACCCUCGAUUCGUUCCACUCCGAUGCCUUUUGGAACCUUCUAAACACGAAAUUGGUUCAACUCCCUGAACCAGACCGGUUCGUCUUUCUGGUGACUCUGGCAGAAAUGGCCAGCGACGGCUCCACCUCGUCUGAUAAUUGUUUUCUACAACUAGUCGCCUGGGAACUAACCGAACUCGGGUUGUUAAAUCAACUCACCAGAGAAGUUUGUUUCAAAACAGCUGCAGAAUUGUUAGUCACUAUCAUCAGUCGUUUUCCGCCACUUGUUUCGUUCGUCUUGCAACGGUUGGAGGUCCAGCAAUUGGUACCUACCGCUUCAUUAGCGUUGUUCAAAGAUUUACCUUUACAUCGGUGGAAACCUACCACUAAGGACUUCCAGUUAUUACGAAAUUGGUUGCUAAAUGAUGCUCUGGAUUCCGUCCGUCAUCAGCUUUCCGUCACAGUGCUGACUCGUUUGAACUGGGCCUUAGAAGACAACCCUAAACGUCCUUUCCUGGGAACAUCUUUCCAUCAGCAGACGGCUUUAUUGCUGACAGAAGUUGUAGCCAUUCAUGGCAGGCUUCCAGUCCCUUCAGCCGUUCCAGUAUUGGCAUCAAACUUUCUGGCUGAUUCUGUACAGUUUCUUUCCAGCUUUUCACGUUCGUGGAAUUCUUCGAGUUUGGUCCAAUGGGCCUGGCAUUUGGCUCUCAAACUCCGCCUGCAUACGUUUGACUGCUUUCCUGAUCAUCUCGUAUGGAUGCUGCACAAUCCACAACAGGCGUUCCGCAACGUACGGCAACUGCAAGAUGAUCCACAAUUGUCGAUUUUGCGCCAACCACAUCCCACACCUUUCAGCUGCUUCAUAGCGCUCUCCAUGACGAAUGCCGGGCAUAGUGUCCCGGAACUUUGUUCGGUUGGCUUGGAUCUCUUGUACAUUUUGAGUAUCGCCGAUCAGUAUCGGCCAGUCGUCGCCUUCCUGAACCAUUUGUUCCCCCUUAUAGUCACAUGCCCUGAUGUACUCUACGAUCAACCUAAAUUGCUAGAAAUCUUCCAACGUCUAAUACAGGCUGAUCUGACUUACUACAAGAGGGCAAAAAACUUGUUGGCACCCCAAUUUCCUGGAGUAGUCCUCAAAAUGAUGGCGUCCUUAAUCGAAAACACUGUUUGGAAGCUGAAUGGGUUAGUAUUGCCUGGAGCCACACCUGUACUUGAGAUUUGGCUAAAUUUGCUCAGCAGGCUACCCAAAUGGAAUGUCGACAAAAGUGUGCUUUAUCUUCUCGACAUAUUGGCUCGAAUCGCUUGGGCGAAUCCUUCUGAUAGCCAAAGUUUUAGUCAAAUAUUAUCCAUCAUUCUCCAAGAAUCAAGUAAAGUUCACCGGCCGUCCAAAGGUCUUGUGUCACGCGUGGGUAAUUGGGUGAGUGGAUCAUCUGAGGCCCUUGGUCAUUUGGAUGCAACCGAAUUGAUUUCACCCACCCCUUCGCUGCCGUAUCUGUCAUGGAUGGUCUUAGAAAUGGAGAUGGAACGCCAGUCGAAAUUGUGGCAACAUCUUAUCAUCGAAUUGCAACCGGGAAAAGUGAAAAGCAUCGAACAAGCUUUGAAAUCCAUUACAGGAUUUCUUAAAAUUCCGUGCAUUGGUGUCCAUCAGCUUUGUUUGAUCCGCUACGCACAAAUGGCAUUGGAACUGAAUUCAGACCACCCACUUUUGCCGGUAAUCAUCCAACGUUUCUUCAGCCUAUAUUUUGCUCGUACAGAAGCAACGGAAAUUGGCACUGAUAGCUGGGCCAUCGGUCAACGGAUCAUGACGAAUUCGUCCACAUUUUCUUCCUUAUUGAAACGUCUCGUUCUGAAGUGGGAAGAAGGUGCAAACAAAUUUCAGAACAACUUUGUGCAUUCCGGUUUUUUGCAAAGUUGCUGUCUUUGGGUGGAAGAUGUCAAAUUACUAGAACCUCAUGUUUAUUUGCCAUCUUUAGCACCAAAUUACCAUCCGGCACGACUGCUCCAACUCUUUCAAGGCUCCGAUUUAUGGAUAGACCUAUGCGACUUGAACGCCAUUCACGCAGAUCGCCAAGAACUAAGAGAAUCAUGGAAUAAGGAGAGAAACAUUACUUCGCCAACAGUUGUCCAACAGAAAUCAAUGGGAUCGCUACAUCCUCAAAAAGACACGUUGUAUACAAGACUGCAAACCUAUCCGACUCCCAUCCUUUUAACUCAGGUGGCACUGCAGCUUCCGUUUUCCAGACUGUUCUUAACGGCUUUCAGAAAUGCCAGUGAUUUUCGCCUACAAAUAAAUCCGCACCUUCAAGUUAUAAUAGACUGUGCAGAUCAAUUCAAUCGACGGAUGGCUGAAUUGACGUCCCUUGACUGUCACUAUUCCGAGCUGUUAACAGAACUCUAUUGCCCCUACCGGUCCGAACGGACAAUGACUGUCAAGUGUGAUGGAACACAGUCAGGAGCUUGUAGCGGAUCCGCUGUAAUAAAACUGAGUUGCGAGCCUUGGAGACUCAAUACCUCCGUUCGUAAACAGUUAGAUACCAAUAGACAAGAAGCAACUCGGCUACAUUCGGCCUUUCAAGAUGCCAAUGUCCAGUGGCUUUGUGUGGCCGCUCUUCUUAUCGAAGACUGUGUUGAUCAAAUCCAAGGUUCUUCGGAUCCGAACGUGCUAGAAAUUGGAGCAGCUCUCUUUUACAUCUUGGUUGAGCUUGUCGGUGAAGAGAGUAACAAUUAUUUACCUACCAAACAGUUGCUUUCUACUUGUCUUGAACGAUUAGGUCAGCAUUGCAUUGCCGGACAUCCUGAACAAUGCCGAAACCUCGUAGGAUUGUUAAGCAGCAAUUCUAAUUUGGCUGGUCUAGUGGCACCGCAUUUCACUCCAUCGACACCUGAUCCUUCCAGUGCCUCCGUCAACGCGUUUUUGGACUCGUAUCGGCUAGUCAUAGGUCUCUCUAAGCAAGAUAGUGACCUUGUUCUCGUCCUUCUUACCAAGUUCGAUGUCCGAUGGUGGUUGAACUGCGCAGAGUGUUGGCCUCACGAUCGCUUAAAAUUGUUGGAAAUUGUCUUUGCUGCCUUGGAUAGUUACGGUCCGCAGCCAGUUGAAAGAGCACUGGCAGUUCACGAAGUCCUACGACGUCAUUUACAACUAAUACUGUCACAAAAUUUCCCGGAGCAAUACAAUCACUUCCUACACCAUUUGCUAAAAGCUAGCGAGGCCCAAAGUUGCAGUCCUGUAGUUUGGUGCGAUACGAUUAAUACCCUUGGUCAGGGAUGGCUCCGUCUUCAGCCGGAGUUAAGCAUGGAGGAAUUUCUUCAACAAGUUUUGCAAUACACCACCCAGCAGACGUUAUUGGCUGCUAAUAAAAUGAUGGAAACAGUAAUUUUAAUGUCUCAACACUUUUCCACGGAACGACAACUCCAUGGUCUUUAUGGAUUGUAUCCAAAGUAUCGGCCUUAUAUCCAUGUUAUCGCCUGCUUCCUACUGACAAUCGGCCAUGGAUUGUGUUUUACCACAUUACAGAAUGACAAUGGAACAGCUUCCGAUUUGCUGGUUGGGCAGCUCUGGACUGCUAUUCGGGACCUUUAUUCCCCUUGGAUACUUCCCUACACCCAACAGCAGGUGAACUCCAAUUGCGCCGCCUGGAUUCAACACGCCUUGUCUGACUGUAAAGUUUUACUGCCAUGGAUUGCCGCCGAUAGUGGUUUAGCAUCACUCAUGGCUUCUUCUCUUACCCACUGUACCACAUUUAUUCACGAGACGCUUCCUGCUCAGCAGAGUAUCUUAUCUCACAUAUUGACCUUCUAUUUGCAAGGAUUUUGCCAUACAGCAAUCAAACUGCACAUACUUAAGGUAAUCCACCAAGCACUGGAUACGUUACCCUGGCAAUCAUUUGUUCCGUCAUUGAACGAUUUGGAGCAAUUAGUCCGUGUAGCAGGGCAGUUCUUGCCCGAAGUGCAUUCCUUCCUAGUCAAUGUUUUCGUCCGUUGCUGCUUAUCUACACUGAUUGCCCACUGUAACUCACAGCCGACAACAUCUUCGAGAUUGUUAGCCUGCUUACUGCACCUACAUGUUCGGUUGGCUAGUGAACCAACGGCUCAACAGAAUCCCAUGAUGAAACGUAUCCUAGAUGAAGCUUGCGCAUAUCCGUGGCAAUUCAUAGACGUUAGUGUCUAUGAUCAAGUAUUGAAUUGGUACAUCUCAACUUGUGAUCCACUUUUCAUUUUACAACCCUACUUGGAGCGACAAGAAACACCGUGCAGUUCCAAUGAUCCUCUGGUGUUUCGUUUGUUACAAGCGGCCAGUAGCCACCAUUUGCAGUCAACCGAUCACAUUCGCAAUUCGCCCAAGCGGCAAAUAUUCGUUCGUUCUUGGAUCCGUCUGAUCGCUUUGACCGUCUCUCGACAUCGGUCUCUCAUUCAGCAACACCCUAGAGCUAUUUCUAAUGCUAUUGGAAAUUUACUGGAUUUCAUAUGCAAAAACACCCACUCGGCGGAAUACAGGAAUGACAUUCAUGAAUAUCUAACGGUUACCAUAUCGAGCUCUAGUCCCAUCGCUGAUACCCUUCAAAACUGCCUGUGUCAGAGGAUGAACUGCUAUCCUGUCAAUGCGGCUUUAGUGGAAAAUGUUCUGCGAGUGAUUACCGUUGUAAAUGGUGGUGGUGGUGGUCAGGAUGGCCAAAAACGAAUGGCUGCCGUGCUAGAAUCUGCCUUGGAACAAUUUGAGGGCACACGUUCUGUUAUUUUUGAUUUACUUCCAAUCGGAGGUUCAAAAGAGUUGGCGGCAGUUUCCUGGCAACAAGGCUGCAUUUUGAGUUGGUAUUGUCUUGUUAGCAACCAAGAGAAACCCGAUCCAGCAGACGGGCCAUACCUUUUGGAACAGAUGCUCUCGAACUGCAAGGCACUUUCAUUGAGCGAAGCAAUUGAGCCAAAGCUCUGUUUUGUGUACGAAAGACUCCUAACUCUUUGGAAUCUUACCUCGCCAAAUCCCAGUCCUAAAAAGACAGCUGUGAACACAGAAUGGUGUGAACUGCUCGGUUCCUGGACUGAAGAAAACAAAAGUUGGUUAUCAACAAUUGGCCUGGGUAAAGCACCCAGACUGUCAUCUAAGGGUCGCUGUUUGGCUCACGUUAUGUUGUGUUACUUGCAGCAAUCUACAACAGCUCUGGAUCAGCUAGAGAGCAGAUGGAGAAUGAAUCGUCAUAAUGCAGACUGCAAGCCCGCUGUGGAAAGUGCCUUGGAAGCCUUGAAAUCGGUCAAACCUGAUGGUAUAAAGCUGCUUCAAAAUCUGGUCCCUUUAUUAUACUCCAAUUCCUAUCUUUCACGCUUAAUUGUUAAGUAAAAACGUAUGCAUUUCAUUAUUGUUAUCGUUUUUGUUUUUUCAAUAAGUAAUUUUUCAUCUUUUUAUGUAGUUGGA